UUAUUCAGAGAAGAACAAGGCAACACUGUUGCAUCGAAAAACAGUUAUCCUCAAGAGCCGGAAAUUUCGGCCUCUCCAAAUCUGAAAUUGUUUUCUAUUUUGGUUUUUCGAAUUUGCAAAUUUUACAGAAGAAUGUGUAUCCUAGAGGAGAAGAUGAUGAAACUGAAGUGAUUCAAUUGUCCAAAAGAAGUUGACAUGGGGAAGUUCCUCAGUGGAUUUGUAUUACCCAUACUGCUUUUGACAGGUGCUUUACUUGAUUGGAGUUUAAUAUCUCUGGUCGAUUUGCUAGCUUUUCUUUUUAUUCAAUUCUUUGCUCCAAAAAUUGGUUUUCGUUUUCAGAGGCGGUAUCUGCUAUCAUGGUGCAUGCUUAUCUUUUCCUUCUUGGCUAUUCUUUCACAUGCUAUAUUUUAUAUUAUUUGGGCUGGAGGGGAUCAAUGGAGUGUAGCAGAUGCUCAGUGGGCAAAGCUGAUGGGUUAUUUAAGGGUUCAGUCUUGGAGGUGUCCAUCAGUAAUAUAUUUCUUGGUCAUACAACUAUUAGUGGCUUCUGUUGCUCUGCUUGAAAUCUAUGGGAGUAAAUUUGGUCUGGAUCAUCACCGAAAUUCCUGUCUGGGGCAUUUGUUUUCUUCCAUUGAACGCAUAGGUUCUCAUCUGAGGGUUCUAUGCUGCUUAUUACUGCCUGCUGUACAGCUUGUUGUUGGGAUUAGCCACCCGUCAUGGACUUCUUUACCAUUUUUUAUUUGUAGCUGUAGUGGGCUUGUUGAUUGGUCUUUAACAAGCAACUUCUUAGGUCUUUUUCGGUGGUGGAGGUAUCUUUUAUUGUAUGCAGGCUUAAACAUGGCUGUGCUGUAUGUAUAUCAGCUUCCAAUCGAAUUUACUAAGACAUUUAUGUGGGUUGCUAAUUUCCUUGGGCUUUAUAAAAUAUCUGCAGAGUCAGAGUGGUCAGAAAUUUGUUCUGGUCUUUCCCUUCUGUUUUUCUACUACAUGCUAACCUGGGUUAGAUGUGAUCUUAUGGAAAUGGAUUUCAUUAUGUCCUCAACAGAAAACAGUUUGACCGAGCAGCUUCUUCCCUCCAAGCAUUCAUUUUUUAUUCGUCAAUCGAGAUCUGGUGUACGGCAUGCUAAUGUUCUACUAAGGGGAGCAGUUUUUCGGACCUUUUGUAUCAACUUUUUCACUUACGGUUUUCCGAUCUCCUUGCUUGCACUUUCAUUUUGGAGUUUCCAUUUUGCAAGCCUCUGUGCACUUGGAUUACUUGCAUAUGUUGGUCACCUUCUAUAUGCCUUUCCCUCUGUGUUUCACCUGCACCAUUUAAAUGGAUUGCUUCUUGUUUUCAUUCUCCUGUGGGCGGCCAGCACAUAUAUCUUUAAUGUGGCAUUCGCUUUCCUAAAUAAGAAAAUGGGGAAGGACAUGGAGAUUUGGGAAACUAUUGGCUUAUGGCAUUACCCUAUUCCAGGAUUUUAUCUACUAGCACAAUUUUGUCUUGGAAUUCUUAUUGCUUUGGGUAAUCUUGUGAGCAACUCUGUUUUCCUUUACUUGUCUGAUCGAGAAGGACAAUCCACAAGGGACAAUUGUACUACAGAAGAAAAAGAAGAGACAAAAGUAUUGAUUGUAGCCACAAUAGCAUGGGGACUGCGCAAAAGCUCUCGUGCUAUAGUGCUGGCGCUGAUUUUUCUUAUUGCCACGAAGCCUGGCUUCAUUCAUGCUGUAUACAUGAUUUUCUUUAUGAUCCAUCUGUUGAGUCACACCAUAAGUAGGAGGAUACGCCAAGCCCUGAUUGUUCUAUGUGAGGGGCAUUUUGCGCUUUUGUACAUUCUGCAGCUCAACUUGAUUUCUAAAGCAUUAGAACAGAAAGGCUCAUUGGCUAGGGAACUUCUCUCACAGUCAGGUCUCCUUGAGGGUGAUAGUUAUGGGGAUUUCUUGAAGAUAGCGGUGCUUGCAUGUUUUUGUGCCAUUCAUAAUAAUGGGUUUGAAGUGCUCUUCUCAUUUUCAGCAAUUGUGCAGCAUGCUCCCCGCCCUCCAAUUGGGUUUAGUGUCCUCAAAGCUGGAUUGAAUAAAUCAGUUUUACUAUCAGUUUACACGUCAACAUCCAGAGAGAGCCAACACAAUAACUCUUCUCAUGAGAGAAGAAUAGCAUUGUAUCUGAGUGCUGUGGGAAAGAAGUUUCUUUCUGCAUAUCGAUCAUGUGGAACCUACAUUGCAUUUCUGACUAUCCUCGUCACACUAUACCUAGUAAAACCUAAUUAUACUUCAUUUGGUUACCUUUUGUUCCUUCUACUGUGGAUGAGUGGGCGGCAGCUUGUGGAGAAGACAAAGCGACGCCUUUGGUUUCCUCUGAAAGUAUAUGCAGUUGCAGUAUUUAUGUUCGUUUACUGCUUGAGUGUCUUCCUCAGCUUUGAGACAUGGGUGUCUACAAUAGUAGAUCCUUAUACUGCCUUUGGCUAUAACCCGGAAGCUUCAAUCUUGAAAAACAUUUGGGAAUCUCUAGCUGUUUUGAUUGUAAUGCAACUAUACAGUUAUGAGAGGAGAAAUAGCAAGAACUUGAGAUUGGAGGAUCGCGAUGCUCUAGAGCUUGGAGCUUUUGCAUUUGUUAAACGCCUUCUGAUUUGGCACAGUGAGAAGAUACUAUUUCUUGCAUUAUUGUAUGCAUCUCUUUCCCCAAUCAGUGCUUUUGGUUUUUUGUAUCUUCUAGGCGUGGUCAUUUUCUCAAUUUUUCCAAAAUCUUCUCGGGUUCCUUCAAAAUUGUUUCUAGUGUAUUCAGGACUCCUUGCUUUGGUUGAUUAUCUUUUCCAGAUGUGGGGAGGCCAUGCAGACAUGUUCCCUGGUCAAAAGAGCUCUUAUUUGUCCCUUUUUCUGGGUUUGAGGUUGUUUAGUCGGGGUUUUUCUGGUUUGGAGUCAGGCUUGAGGGGAAAAGUUUUGGUUAUUAUUGCAUGUGUGCUUCAGUACAAUGUCUUUCAUUGGUUGGAAAAUAUGCCUAAUGGUUUUGGAGUUAGAGGAGAAGGGGAGGGGCCUUGUGCUCUGUUUGGCUCUGCAGAAGAAUUUCCGAAUGAUGUUCUCUCUUGUAUCAAGGAAAGUAAGCCAUCUAGAGAUGCUACUCCUCUCUUAGGGAAAAAAGAAGAAAGGAGCAGCUCAUUGCCAUCUUUUAACUCUGGCAUCUCUCAGUGUUUCGAUCUUAUGCAUUCUGAAGCAGGAGGCUCAGAAGGUGGUAACAGUAGAAAAAGUUCAUGUAAGUAUGCUUGGGGAAGUCCUAAGGAGGGUGAUAAAUGGAACAAGAAGCGGAUUCUUGUCUUUAGAAAGGAGAGGCUCGACAUGCAGAAAACUGCCCUGAAACUAUAUAUAAAGUAUGGGAUAGAGAAUAUGUUCAGUCUCUUUGGCCUUGAGAUUAACAUGAUUGCAUUACUUCUUGCCAGCUUCGCAGUGUUGAAUGCAAUCUCUUUGCUUUAUAUUGCUUCAGUUGCUGCUUGUGUUAUUUUACAUCGGCAAAUAAUACAAAAACUGUGGCCCAUGUUUGUAUUCUCAUUUGCUUCUGUUAUCAUUCUGGAGUACUUGGCCAUUUGGUUGAAUCUGACACCUUGGAAGCAACAUGCCCCCACUGAGGAAAAAUUGCCUUGCCAUGACUGUUGGAGAAGCUCUGAUCUUUAUUUUGACUACUGUAGAAAAUGUUGGCUAGGAAUUGUUGUUGAUGAUCCCCGUAUGCUGAUUAGCUAUUAUGUGGUUUUCAUGCUUGCGUGUUUCAAGUUCCGUGCCGAUUGUUUAUCUAGUCUUUCAGAGGCGUAUACAUAUCAAAAAAUCAUGUCCCAAUUUAUGAAGGCAUCGGUGUUGAGUGAUCUAUCAUUUGAAACAAAAAGCAUGUGGACAUUUAUCGACUACCUGAGGCUUUAUAGUUACUGUCACUUACUAGAUCUAGUUCUUGCUUUGAUUUUGAUUACGGGAACCCUUGAGUAUGACAUUCUGCACCUUGGCUACCUUGGCUUUGCUAUGGUUUUCUUUCGAAUGAGGCUUGAAAUACUAAAGAAGAAGAAUAAAAUCUUCAAGUUCUUGCGAAUGUACAAUUUUGCUCUAAUUGUUCUCUCUCUUGCCUAUCAAUCUCCUUUUGUAGGAGAUUUCAGUAAAGGGAAAUGGGAAAUGAUAGACUACAUAAGUGAGGUGAUUGGAUUUUAUAAAUAUGAUUAUGGGUUUCGAAUUACAUCGAGAUCAGCACUUGUUGAAAUUAUCAUAUUUAUGCUGGUAUCACUGCAAUCAUAUAUGUUUUCAUCCCAGGAGUUUGAUUAUGUGUCAAAAUAUCUAGAAGCAGAGCAAAUUGGAGCCAUAGUGAGUCAGCAGGAGAAAAGAGCUGCUUGGAAGACUGCACAGUUGCUGCUUAUCCGUAAAUCUGAAGAGCAGAAACGCCAUCGUAAUCUGCAGGUAGAAAAGAUGAAAUCAGAGAUGCUCAACCUACAAAUCCAGCUUCAGAGCAUGAGCACCAAUUCAAACUGUGGUAAAACUUCUCCCAGGAAUGAAGGUCUUAGAAGGAGAUGGAAUUCUUCUCUAGAUUCACACAGGGUGGAUGGCAACCCUGACAAAGGGGAAAAUGAAUUAAAGAAGGAAGGCACUGAUUCUUUUUCCCAUUUCAAUACGAUUGAAUCUCCAGAAAGAGUAAGAACUGGAAGUCCUUCAGCAGUAGAGUCCAGGAAGCAUUCAGGGGAUUCUCUUCCUGAGAUCAUUGAACUCAAGGAGAAAACUACAAGUUAUGAUUUUUUGUAUUCAGACCAAAGAGAUAAGGCAAAAUCCCAAGGUAAGGAAAACCCAAUAAUUUCAGCAGUGCAUCUUAUUGGUGAUGGAGUUUCUCAAGUUCAAUCUCUCGGUAAUCUGGCAGUUAACAAUCUUGUAAGUUUCUUAAACAUAGAUCAUGAGGAACCAGAUUCAAAUGAGCCCUUGUCUGAGGAUGGGAUGUAUGAUGAGAUAGAGAGUCAGGAAGUGGGCUGCAAACAUUUUGAUCGAACAUUUUCUACGCAUUCUGGUACUGAGGGUACCAUGUCGGAUUCUGCAUUCCUGCAAAUUGGUAUGAUUUUCAGAUACAUGUGGGCCCAAAUGCGAUCGAAUAAUGAUAUUGUUUGUUACUGCUGUUUCAUUUUGAUGUUCCUAUGGAACUUCAGUUUGCUUUCUAUGGUUUACCUUGCGGCUCUAUUUUUAUAUGCUCUCUGUGUAACUACCGGCCCAGGUUUUAUUUUUUGGAUUGUUAUGCUAAUUUACACUGAAAUGUGUAUUUUGCUUCAGUAUUUAUAUCAGAUCAUCAUCCAACAUUCUGGAUUGAGCAUCCAUCUGAGCUUACUUCAGGAAUUAGGAUUUCCUUCUCAUAAAAUAGUGUCAUCUUUUGUUAUCAGCAACUUGCCUCUCUUUUUGGUGUAUUUCUUUACUCUCUUACAAGCCUCCAUUACUGCAAGAGAGGGCGAAUGGGCGGUAGUUACAGAAUUCAGCUUUCUUAAGAGAAGAAAUCUUCACCAGAAGGAGACAGUAAUGAGUUGCAGUUUUAGGAAGAGAUUGCAGAAAUUGAUCUUACCUAUAAAAGAUGCGAUGAAGCUGAUGAUAAGAAGCCUUCAUAGAUAUUGGAAAUCACUGACACAUGGAGCAGAAACUCCUCCUUAUUUUGUACAGCUGUCUAUGGAAGUUAACUUAUGGCCUGAGGAUGGGAUUCAGCCAGAGAGAAUUGAGUCAGGAGUAAACAAGGUGCUCAACAUUGUUUGUGAGAGGAGAUGCAAGGAGAAGAACCUAAAUUAUUUCCACUUGGCGAGCAGGGUUCGUGUUCAAAGCAUCGAAAGAAGUCCAGAAAACCCUAAUAUCGCUCUGGCUGUUUUUGAGGUGGUUUAUGCCUCCCCAUCUAAAGAAUUUACCCCAGUGGAACGGUACCAGUCGCUAACUCCAGCAGCCGAUGUAGCAAAUGAGAUUUUAAAAGCUCAACUUGAUGGAAUGUUUGAAGAAACAAGAUUCCCAUAUCCUAUACUCUCUGUGAUUGGUGGAGGGAAAAGGGAAAUUGAUCUGUAUGCCUACAUCUUUUGUGCAGAUCUGACAGUUUUCUUCUUGGUUGCCAUUUUCUAUCAAUCAGUCAUAAAAAAUAACAGUGAGUUUCUUGAAGUAUAUCAACUUGAAGACCAAUUCCCAAAAGAGUUUGUAUUUAUUUUAAUGAUUAUUUUUUUUCUGAUAGUCCUCGAUCGUAUCAUAUACCUUUGUUCAUUUGCCAAGGGAAAAGUCAUCUUCUAUGUUUUCACCCUUAUCCUCUUCACAUUCUCUAUCACAAAGUAUGCCUGGUGCAUGGAGCCUUCACACCAAUGUGGUGGACAACUAGCACUCCGUGCCAUUUAUCUCACAAAGGCAAUUUCUCUUGCACUACAGGCCAUACAAAUCCGAUUUGGGAUUCCUAAUAAGGGUACUUUGUAUCGUCAGUUUUUGACAAGUAGUGUUUCUCAAAUUAAUUAUGUGGGUUUCCGAAUUUAUCGUGCUCUGCCAUUUCUUUAUGAAUUGCGAUGUGUACUUGACUGGUCCUGCACAACAACAUCUUUGACUAUGUACGACUGGUUGAAGUUGGAGGAUAUUCAUGCCAGCUUGUUUCUCGUCAAAUGCGAUGCUGAUUUAAAUAGGGCUAGACACCAACAAGGGCAGAAGCAAACCAGAAUGACUAAAUUCUGCAAUGGGAUAUGCUUGUUCUUCAUAUUGAUGUGUGUUAUAUGGGCUCCUAUGCUGAUGUACAGCAGUGGUAACCCUACGAACAUUGCAAACCCUAUUAAAGAUGCCAGCAUUCGAAUUGAUAUAAAGACAACAGGUGGAAGGCUUACUUUGUUUGAAACCACUCUAUGUGAAAAGCUCUCAUGGGAUGAGCUUGAUGUGCAUUUUAAUCUGGAUCCUCAAGGUUAUCUAAGUGCAUACACUGAAAAAGAUGUUCAAUUAAUAUGCUGCCAAGCUGAUGCAAGCUCUGUUUGGGUUGUUCCCCAGGUUGUCCAGUCUAGAUUUGUUCAAUCUCUUAAGUGGAGUAUGGACAUUAUUUUUUCUUGGCAAUUUAUAAGGGAUAGGCCAAAAGGAAAAGAAAUUGUGAAAUAUGAACUUGUUGUCCAGGAUCAGGAUCUUCCAAAACCAUCAGAAGUGAUGGAAGUGAUAAAUGGUACUGCCAACACUUUCAGAAUAUAUAAUGUGUAUCCUAGAUACUUCCGGGUCACUGGCUCUGGCGAUGUUCGGUUUCUUGAACAGGCGGUAGAUCUGGUUAGUGGGGAUCUUGUUCUCAAUCAAGGCAAUCCAAAGUGGUGGUCUUUCCAUGAUAUUGAUGCAUCUGCUGUAAAUGGAUGUGGCGAAUUGGCAGGACCCAUGGCUAUCAUAGUAUCUGAGGAAACACCUCAGGGCAUUCUUGGUGAAACACUAAGCAAGUUCAGUAUUUGGGGUCUCUACAUUACUUUUGUGCUAGCUGUUGGCCGCUUCAUCAGACUGCAGUGUUCAGACCUGAGAAUGAGAAUACCCUUUGAGAAUCUUCCCUCCUGUGACAGGUUGCUUGCAAUAUGUGAGGAUAUUUAUGCAGCAAGGGCAGAGGGUGAGCUUGAAGUUGAAGAAGUUCUCUAUUGGACACUGGUGAAAAUCUAUCGAUCACCACACAUGCUGCUUGAGUACACAAAACCCGACUAGAUCAUCAAACGAGUAGCUUGGAUUUCCACUCCAGCAGCAUGACCUCCACUCCAGGAGCAUUGUUGCUGAAUUCAAACUCUUGACAUUGAUUUGUUUAACAUCUGCCAGCAGACAGAAAGCAACACUCUCUCAAAGGUUCUGUCAAUGGGGAAGGUUAAUUUGGGGUUCGAGUUAAUUGUAACUUCAUUCUUAUGUUCAUCUACUCAGAGAAGCUCCCUAUAACGUUUUCCAUUCUUUUUGAGUUUCAGGUAUAGGAUAAUGAGGCAUACCUAUAAAGGAGGCAAAGAAAGUAAAAUAAAACCCCAUGAACAAUUUACAGAUUAGCAACCAAACUGGGUUGUUCCCCAUGUACAAAUGUUGAUGCUAAGUAAUGAAAAAUUGUGAAAAUUCAAGUA